AUGCAGCUUAUCGGAUUUGGCGUCGUGACCCUCGUGAUCUCCAGCUUGGUCUAUCUGCACAACUUCCUAUCGCCAGGUCUUGUAGGGUUGGCUUUCACGUACGCUCUCAGCGUUGAUGGGAGCCUUGCAAGCCUUAUAAUGUCGAGGUCAUGGGUGGAGAUUCAGAUGGUUAGCCCCGAACGCAUUCUGGAGUACGGAUCGAUCCCCGCUGAGGGAAGUCAACGGCCGCUAGUGAUUGAACCCGAUGCAUCCUGGCCUCGUUCCUCCACUGUCCAGUUCCAGGAUGUCGUGUUCAGCUACAAGCAGGGCGGCAAACCCGUGCUCAAGGGUCUGUCCUUCGACAUCCGCAACAACGAGAAGAUCGGCAUCGUCGGACGCACCGGCGCUGGCAAGUCCAGCCUCACCAUGGCGCUGGUGUCCGGCCGCAUCCUCAUCGACGGCGUGGACAUCGCGACGAUGCCCCUGCGCACGCUGCGCUCGCACCUGUCCAUCAUCCCGCAGUCGCCCGUGCUGUUCAAGGGCUCGCUGCGCGCGUACAUGGACCCGUUCGACGAGUUCACGGACGCCGACAUCUGGGCUGCGCUGGAGAAGGUGGACAUGAAGGCGCAGGUGUCGGCGCUGGAGGGCCAGUUGGCGUACGAGCUGAGCGAGAACGGCGAGAACUUCAGCGUGGACGAGCGGCAGAUGCUGUGCAUGGCUCGCGCGCUGCUGACGCGGAGCCGCAUCGUGGUGAUGGAUGAGGCGACGGCGUCCAUCGACCACGCGACGGAGAGGAAGCUGCAGGAGAUGAUCAAGCGCGACUUCCAGGACGUGACGGUGUUGACGAUCGCCCAUCGACUGGGCACGGUGCUGGACUCGGACCGCAUCACGGUGCUGAGCGACGGUCGAGUGGUGGAGUUCGACUGUCCUCGCAACUUGGUGAAGGGUGGGAGCGGUGUGUUCUGUGAGCUGGUCAAGGAGGGCGGUUGGUUGUCAAGUUUGCAAGGUUAG